AGUACAGAAAUUGCAAUGGAUAAUAUAAAUGUGAACAAAAGUGUUCCACAAGUACAAAUAAAAUUUCUUACUAAACAAAAACAAUAUGCAGUUCCAGAUUUUCCUCUAUCAGUUCAUACAUCUAUUGUAUCAAAUGAAUUAAAUACUCUUAUAAAUGAACUUUUGAAGGAAUCAAGUAAUAUAAAAAAUGAAAUAGAAUUUGAUUUUUUGGUGUGUUCACAAUUUUUACGUACUUCAUUAAUUGAACACAUAACAGAAAAAAAUAUUUCUACAGAAGAUGUAAUAAUUAUUGAAUAUGUUGAAAAGUAUCCACCACCUGAACCUCAAGAUUGUCUUAUACAUGAUGAUUGGGUAUCUGCUAUUGCUGUUUAUGAGAAAUGGAUUCUAACAGGCUGUUAUGAUAAUACAUUACAUAUAUGGACAUGUAAAGGAAAACAUCAUUUGGUAAUUCCUGGACAUACUUCACCAAUUAAAGCAGUUGCAUGGAUAUCCUUAACUAAUGACACAGCUAGUUUUGUUAGUGCAUCCCAAGAUCAAACAGCUAUAAUAUGGGACUGGAAUAUUAUGGAAAAUUCAGUAGAUUGUAUUCAUGUAUGCAGAGGACAUGAACGUGGACUAGAAGCUGUUGAUAUUAAUUAUGACAAGACAAUAAUGGCAACUGGAGCAUGGGAUACAAUGCUUAAAAUCUGGUCUACAGCUAAUCAAGAUGAAAAUGAAGAUGGUGAAUCUACUUCAAAGAGAUUAAAAUCAGAACAUGGAAAAACAAGGAUACCUAAAAGAACAAUGAAAGGUCACAAAGAAGCUAUUAGUGGUGUAGUAUGGUCAGAUAAAAUAGAAAUUAUAACAUCUUCAUGGGAUCAUACAAUAAAAAUAUGGGAUUCAGAAUUAGGAGGAAUUAAACACGAAUUGACUGGAAAUAAAAGUUUUUUUGAUCUUGAUUAUUCUCCAUUAAGCCACACUAUUAUAACAGCAUCAGCCGAUAGGCAUAUCAGAUUAUAUGAUCCAAGAUCUACAGAGGGAUCAUUGGUAAAAGCAAUAUUUACUUCUCACACACAAUGGGUACAAUCUGUAAAAUGGUCACCUGUACAUGAAAAUCUUUUUAUUUCAGGAGCAUAUGAUAAUGAUAUGAAACUGUGGGACACCAGAAGUCCUAAAGCACCAUUAUUUGAUCUUUCUGGACAUGAAGAUAAAGUAUUAUGUUGUAAUUGGUCAAAUCCUAAAUUCAUAGUAUCUGGAGGUGCAGACAACACCGUAAGAAUAUUUAAAUCGAAACAUAUUGUUCAUUAAUAACAAAUUAUUUUAUAACUUUUACAUAUAAUAGAGAAAUGAAAUUUUCUGUAUAGCAAAUUAUUAAGGAUAAGUUUUUUUACAAUUUUCAUAUUUAUUAUACUCUAAAUCAAGCAUUGUAAUCAUUUAAAUUAAAUAGAAAAUUUAAUAUUUUGCUGUUGUGAAACAUUGAAUUAUAAAAUUAUUGUAUUCAUUGUAAAAUAAUCAAAAAAAUUAAAAUUAAUUUUAAUUUUAAUUGCAAUAACGUAAUUUGAAAUAAAUUAUAUAA